AUGGCCUCCGUCACUGAUGCUCCUGCAACCACCACUGGCAGCAAAUGCAAGACGAGGCAUCCGUCGCCAUCCACGCCAGUGCCUUCACCCGCAAAAAGGCAGAAGCCCGAAGAUAGUGAUGACAUAUUCUCACCAACAGCACACACCGACUCCACCACAUCCGAUACUCCCACAGACGAUGCUCAUGCCAGUCACCGACCCGACGAGACUCCCGGUAAGCCCUACCGCAACAAAGGAAAGCACGUCGAGAAAACCAGGACACCGUGA